AUGCAGGAGCAAGAAAAGUACGCAGAGGCCAUCGAAACUCUGAAGAAUGACGUGAGAGCUAAGAUAAAUGAUGCGAAAUCUAGCAAGUCGCUGAUUACUCUAAUCGCUACAGUUGGGCGCUUGGGAUUGGGAUAUCAUUUUGAGACAGAAAUCACUUCCAAACUCGAAACAAUAUACGAAAAUCUGCAAGAAAAGCACGAAGACCACGACCUGUUUACUACUGCACUAGGAUUUCUUCUGUUGAGGCAACAUCAGUAUCAAGUUUCUUGUUGUAUUUUCGAGAAAUUUAAGGAUGGAGAAAACAAAUUCAAAGAUGACGUGGCGAAUGAUGCCGAGGGGUUGUUGAGCUUGUACGAAGCGGCCCAUGCUCGUAUUCAUGGGGAGGAAAUUUUGGAUGAAGCUGUUCCGUUUACAACACAUCACUUGAAGCGAAUACUGGCAACCGAGACAAUAAAAUCCUCACUCAAAGAACAAAUUAUGCGAGCUUUAGAUCAUCCUCAUUACAGGGGAGCUCCAAUCAUUGAGAUACGCGUCUUCAUUCCACUCUACGAAAAGGAUGAUUCCAAGGACCCGUUGCUUCUCAAACUCGCCAAACUCAAUUUCAAUUUCUUGCAGAAUAUGUAUAAGAAAGAGUUGUCUCAACUCUCCAAUUGGUGGAUUCAAUUGGACCUUAAGUCGAAACUGACGUACGCACGAGACAGAUUGAUCGAAAGCUACCUCUGGGGAACAGCUAUACAUUUCGAACCUCAGUACGCUUAUGUUCGAAAAAUUGUUGCUAAAAUUAUGCAACUGCUUUCGGUAAUAGACGAUACGUAUGACAAUUACGCUACACUUGAUGAAGCUCAACUCUUCACCGACAUUUUGGAAAAAUGGGAUAUAAAUGAAAUCGAUCCACUCCCAAACUACAUGAAGAUUGUUUACGAGUACAUCAUGAGUUCGUAUGAAGAAUAUAAGCAUGAUGCAGAGGAACAAGACAAAUCCUUUGCAAUUCCCUUUCAUGUAGAAACGGUGAAACGGAUUGCUCGAGCAUACAAUCAAGAACAAAUAUGGAUAAUGGAACGUCAAAUGCCCUCGUUUGAACACUAUAUGAAGAAUUCGAUGGACACAAGUUGCAUGUAUGUGGUAUUCUCUGGUCUAAUCCCGGGCCUCAAAUCUUCUACCAAGGAUACUGUUGAUUGGCUGGCGAGCGAGCCUAUGCCCUUCAUAUCCACUGCUAAGAUGUGUCGACACCUUCAAGACUUGGGCAGUGAAGAUCGCGAGAAUAGAGAAGGAAAACUGCUGACGGUGGUUGAUUGCCACAUGAAGGAUUACGGCGUGUCAAGAAAAGAGACAUUGUCGAAAUUCAAAGAGUUUGUGGAAAAUGGUUGGAAGAAUGUGAAUACAGAGUGGGUCGCCAAAAACUCGGUACCAAAGGAAAUGCUCGUGCCACUCAUUAACUAUGGGCGGAUGGCCGAGGUGACUUACAAGGAUUCCAUAGACCAUUUUACGUUCCCUGACAAGUUCAUGACUCCGGUUAUUACCGCCAUAUUUAUUGACCCCAUUGCCAUAUGAUUUCGAAUCUAUCUAUUAUGUGUGUGCCAACGAUUUGUUUGGACUUGUUGUUCUUGAAUUAUGGUUACUUGGUUGUUCUUGAAUUCUGGUUGUAUCUUGCACUAUUAAAACCUAGCUAUAUGGUUGUGUGAGACUUUGAGUGUGUAAAAAUAAAUUAAAGAUUUAUGAAUAAGCAUUUAUAAGUGAAGUUGUGUAUUGACUGGUGUCAUAUGGACAAAAAAGUAUUAGCCAUUGUAUCCAUCUAUGCUUUGAAAAGAAUUUAAGAAGCUUUUU